CGAACCAAUCCCCUCCCAGGAUGUGUGCUGACGCGUCACUGUGGCCAACGCUGAUUGGCUCUGUCGCACGAUGACGUCUUCCCUUUCGGACUGACUGAGCCUAAACGUCGGGGAGGCACUCAGGAUACUGUCCUGUGUGUGGAUUGGCAGCAUGUCUUUUGGGUGCCCUCUCCACCAUGAUCCAAGAAAGAGAAAUUCUUCCUACCUGGCUGAAUUGAUCUUUGGAUUCUAUAUACAUCUUAAGACAUUAAGAUCAUGGAAGGAGAGUUCUUCUUCUUAUUCACGCAGCAACACAGUGAGAGGACUCAGGUCUUGAUCAACACAGAACUCUGUUUUCCACAAUAAUUCCUUUCAGAGAACCUAAUAUGGCAUCCUAUGAAAUAUUAAGGAAACACAUUCUUACUGGAUUCCUCAGGAAGGAUGUUUUAUUUAGUACUGCUUUCAUAAUCAGGCUGGCACUUGUCUUUUAUGGCAUUUUUCAGGACAGAACCAUGUUGGUAAAGUAUACAGACAUUGACUACCAGGUAUUCACUGAUGCUGCCAAAUACAUCACAGAGGGAAAGUCUCCUUACUUAAGAGCCACCUACCGUUACACUCCAUUACUGGGCUGGAUCUUAACACCAAACAUUUAUGUUACUGAUUUGUAUGGGAAGAUCCUCUUUGUUGCUGGAGAUAUGAUCGUUGCAUAUCUCACCUAUCAAAUUCUCAUUCUUCGAGGGCUGGAUAGUAGGAACGUGUGUGGAUGUUGUGCAUUCUGGCUCCUCAAUCCCCUGCCAAUGACAGUGUCCAGCAGAGGAAAUGCUGAAUCUCUUGUUGCAGGCCUUGUCCUUGGCACAAUGUAUUAUAUGGAAAAGCGUCAUUUCAUAAAGGCAGCUUUUCUUUAUGGCUUGUCUGUGCACAUGAAAAUUUACCCCGUGACUUACGCAUUGCCACUAACUCUCCAUUUGCAAAGGAACAGAGAUUCUGAGCAGGGAGAAAUGGGCAGUGUCUCUUUAAAGAGGCAAAAUGCCCAUUUGAGGGGUGAUUUGCAAGGGCUUUUCAUUAGGCUGCUCAGUCAUGAUGUUUUGCUUUUUGGCUUGGUGUCUGGUUGUACCUUUGCUGCCCUAGGCCUUGUGUUUUAUUUGUGUUAUGGCUGGGAGUUUUUGGAGCAUACCUACCUCUACCACUUGACCAGGAGAGAUAUCCGCCACAACUUCUCACCCUAUUUCUAUAUGUUGUACUUGACUGCAGAAAGUGAGUGGAGUUUUGCCCUCGGCCUUGCAGCUUUCCUGCCUCAGCUCUUGCUGCUCUUAGUGAUUUCCUUAGCUUAUUACAGAGAUCUUGUCUUCUGUUGCUUCUUACACACAGCUGUAUUUGUCAGUUUUAACAAAGUGUGCACAUCCCAGUAUUUUCUGUGGUAUCUUUGCCUGCUUCCACCUGUAAUGCCUCUCUUGAGAAUGUCCUGGCAGCGAUCUGCAUUGCUUCUCCUACUGUGGCUCACUGGGCAAGGCCUGUGGCUAGCACCUGCAUACCUGUUGGAGUUUAAAGGGCAGAACACUUUCCUGUUCAUAUGGCUAGCUGGCUUGGUUUUCCUUUUUAUCAAUUGUACAAUUCUUGUUCAGAUUAUUUCUCACUAUUCUCCAUUGCAUAUGACAAGAAAAAUAAAGCAACAGUAAGACUUGUGUUGCUGCAAAGGUGAAUAUUUUUAGGCAAUUCUCUGAGAGUUAUUCAUGGAAGAAAAUGAGGGAACAGUUACUAUUUUCCAGGUAUACAGUUUUCAAAGUGUUAUUGUGAACACUGCUUUGAAAGUUACAUUUUAUGAGUCUUCUUUUAUUAUGAUGGACUGUAACUUUUCUGCAGGUCUAUGGAAUCUCUGGGUCUCCUAUUGUUGUUGGGCUCUAUUUCCCAUCAGCCUUUGCCAGCCUGGUCAUUGUGAGAGAUAGUGGAAGUAUUGUUAAGAUUAUUUUAUUAAUUUCUAUCCUGUUUCUUCUCUAAUAUCAAGACUCAUGGCUGUUUAAAGUAUAUUCAUAUCAGGACAAAUUAAAAGUCUACAAAAACAUCAGUAAAAAGUUAUUUUAAAGUUAUUUUUUUAAAAAUAAUCAAUCUGUAGUAUUAAAACCAUUUAAAAAUGUUUUCAGAGUCAGGAUAUAAAACACAACAUACCAUCAGUUCAUCAGCAUCUGGAGGGUCUCCUAUAUUGAUGGAACAUUUAAAAGAAUUGUCAACAUUAAGGCAAAAAUCAAAUGGUGUUAAAUAUCCAUAUAGCUUGAAAUGUUAAAGAGCAUAACAUCUAAAACCAUUUCGUCGAAACCACAAGCUCUCUAAUGAGGAUUCUGUGAGCACAUGUUCCUCCCCACCCCCAUUCUCUGAUAAUUGCUGAGGAUUCAUCUGAGCAAUGCAAGCAGUUUCUGCCUGCUUUAAAGGGUGUAGGACAUAAGAGAACUCUUGCCUCCCUCAAAUUAUUUGGAUGUUCACAAUCUGUUUGGGAGGGUGAGAAACCAUCUUUCAUUUUUGGAACAGGCAGAAGGAAAAUGGGAGACCCCUUGACAGAAGCUGGUGGCUUCCCUGCCAGUGAGGCAUCAAAUCUUUUCUGGGUUUUAGUCCAAACUUGAAACAUGUUCAGAACCAUAGUUGCUCAUUUUAGUUUUAGACUAAAACCCAGAGCAGAUCCAUCACUCAACUAACAUGAGAACUACCAGGUACCACAGUUCACAGUGUUUCAAUCUGCUGCUCCAAACUCCAGUAUUGUUUUGAGAGUGCACAUACACCUCCUAUAUCUUCCAGCCUGUGCACAGAAUGGAAAGAUCAGUGGCAACUGAUUCCUGGUUAUUGAGCCUAGCCAUUUUUGUAAAAACCUAUUCUUGGCUAUGCUGGUUGUUCUCCAUGAAGAAGAAAGUGUAGUCCUCCUCCUCAUGAUGUUAGACUGCAACUCCUGGUAGCCCUAGCCAGAGAGAGAUGAUGGGAGUCACAGUCUAGCAGCAUCCAGAGGGCUCCACCUUCCCCAUCCCUUUUUAAAACCUUUUUUUAAAAACUUAGUUGUUAUUUAAAAAAAAAAAGCCUCCCUGUCUCUCUGCUUAAAGUUGUGACAAUCCGCAUGUCUUGCAUCUUACAUCUGCAGAUGAAUACUGUAGAAACAAAUAUAUCUAGUAGUAUUUACCAGGGUAUAAAUGACACCUUAGAGAAGAAAAAAACAAAGGGCCACUCUGGGAAGGUCUGCAGUCUCCAGCUUAAAGAUGGCUACGAGUAUCUGUGACAAGCAUCGACAUUUCAGAGUUGUUUCCAAGAACAAAUGGCUUGUGAACAAAUAAUUUGGGAACACCUCAGAAUAGGAAACCUGCAGACCACACAUAUACCACAGAGGAAUGCUCAUGAGGAUGCCAAGAGAUAGCUAGGAGGGCUAGAGAGUAGGAUCUUGCUUUUUCCUUCUAUCUAGAAAUUUUACUUAAUGGGCAAUAUCUAAUGACACACAGAGUCCCUUGUCUCUCCUUUUACCCCCUUCCCCAAAUCUGUGGUAGAGGAUCCUCCAAUCCUUUGUAGUAUAUGAGUUUGGGCUGCAGGGAAGAUUCCACUACUGGUGUCUCUUCCUUUGACAGGCAAACACUGUUGGAUUUAUCCAUUCACCUAUCAACAAGCAAUAUCCUAGGUAUCCAUCAGAAAACUGGCUUAACUGAAGAAAGAACACAAGUAAGGACAUGAUAUAGUAGUUAAUUCAGACUGCACAUGCUGGAAGUUUUCAUGUGCAAGCCCCAUUGAAAUGAAUGGGAGCUUUGUUGUGGCAGAAUAAUGUUCAUGGAAACUCUUAUUCAUGUCAAGAAGAUCCAUGCUGGAUCAUUUCCUAGGACCAAAGGUGUCCAGUAGCUAGUACAGACAAACACUGCCUGAGUUAAUAAAGCAUUGAAAUAGAAACGCAAAUCUGAUAUGUGGACUAAGCUUCAGAGUCUCCUACUGGAACUCUGAGUAUGAUUGGCAAUGCAUUCUAAGUCUUAAAUAGAAUGAUAAGCUGGGUACUAAAAAGAUGGUAAUUAUCUAGACAGUUAUGAUCUCAUUGGCUGUUUGAAAGACAAACGUGAGGCACUGUGCUGAAUCACAGCAGAACCCUCAUAACGUGUUUUGUGGAAUAAACAACACUGCAAAUGAUUGAUCUCUUUUAUAAUUCAGGCUUGCCAGUGAAAUCCCAUAAGCUCAUUUUUCAGCAUCCUUUUGUUGUUUAUGGUAUUCAUUUGACAGAGAGAGGGAAAAUGCCAUUCAUUUAGCAUUCAUAGAAAAUAGAGAUAGACUCUUUAUAAAAUCACUUUGUAAACUCAGUAAGAAAAAACACUUCUCAGAACUAUGCAGCCUGUGUUUACUCAGAAGCCCCCUUGAGCUUCACAGGCCACUUUGCUAGUGGCAGUGGAUCCAAGUAGAGUCCCACCAUCAUCAUGGGCAUGAUGAGCAUCAUCAUGCUCACAGUUUUUCAUUAAACCACACAUACACAAAGAGAGGGGUGAGGGAGAACAUAUGCCUCUCCAUCCAUUCUGCCUUUCGCUGAAUGGAAACUCAACUGAAGAGGCUCUGCCAGUGACAGUUACUCCAAACUGAAGGCUUUGGGCAUUGUCUCUCCUUCUUUGUGGGUCUUUAAAUGGAGGUUGGAUGCCUAUGUCUCAGGAGUGUUUUAGCUGUGAAUUUUUGCACUGGUAUGGGAUCGGACGCAAUGGCCCUUCAAGUGUUUUCUGACUGAUUCAAUGAGCUUUUCUGCAUGCUCUGCCCUCCAUUGCUGUUUGAAAGUUACUUUGGGAGCAGCUAAUUCAUGGUAGUACCCCAAGGUGAUAUCAAAGGGAAUGUUUUAGGUGUGUAGCCUGCCUUGGCACUCGCAUGUUGGCUCAGUUUGAAAUUGGGUAGAAAUGCUGCUGGAUUUCAUUUUGAGCAUUCAAGACAGGCUCCUCGCCUCCUCAUUUCAGUCAGCCUUGUUGAGCCACUAUCACUGUCAUGACCCUUUGAUUGGAGCUCUGUUUCUGGACUGGUAAGAAAUUGUCUUCAAACUUGCUACAAACUAGCUCUUGUGUGUGUGUGUGAAUGCUAUUGCAUGAAUUGUGAUUUUCCCCUUUGCUGUUAAUCAAUAAAACUACCGUAUAUACUCGACUAUAAGUCGAAAAAUUUAUGCCCCAAAAUGAACUCCAAAAUCCUGGGUAGACUUAUGGAAGGGUCAAUGAGUUAAUGCUAAUAAAUUUUGUGAAAGAAGAAGUGCUCACCUUUCUCUGUAGCCUUGUAACGGCUCUCUGUUUGAAGCCCCUGCGCCGGCUCUCCUCUCCUCCUCUCUCCCUGUGUGUGUGUGUGUGUGUGUCUGUUUCCCAGGCUCUCAGCCUUCCUGCCGAGCCAGAUCUAACUAGCUGCUGCUUGAGAGAAGGAACACAAAGAAAAUAUGCCCAGGCUUGUUCCCCGUUUUGCCUGGAAGUCUUGGGGGUAAGAAGGAUAGAGAGAAAGC